UUGCUGCUCUGUACUUGGUCAUGUAUAAAUACACAGGGACAGAGUACAGAGAGAGCAGUAAUCACAGGAUGGCUCUGAACAUUGCUUCCACGCUUCUCCUGGCUACAGGUCUUACUCUUCUAAUCUAUCUCCUUAAAUGGUGGAGUAGGGUUAAACAGAAGAACCUACCUCCAGGACCUACACCUCUACCAGGCUUGGGAAAUAUCCUUCAGCUAAGCCCCUCAGAACUUCCACAGUCUUUAGUUAAGUUGAGUGAGACAUAUGGACCUGUCUAUACCCUCUACAUGGCCAACAUUCGUACUAUCGUACUGAUUGGGUACGAUGCUGUGAAGGAAGCAUUGGUGGACCGCAGCGAUGCAUUUAGUGAUAGAGGAGACAUAGGAACAGGAGAGUUUUUUUCUAAAGAUUUUGGGGUCAUUGCAAGCAGUGGAGAAAGGUGGAAAAUAAUUCGUCGAUUUUCUCUGACAACUUUGAGAAAUUUUGGAAUGGGAAAGAGGAGCAUUGAAGAAAGAAUCCAAGAAGAAGCCAGAUUUCUUGCUGACAAAUUAAUGAAGGAAAAAGAUACUCCAGUUGACCCCACAUAUGCUCUACGGCUCGCUGUUUCAAAUGUCAUUUGCUCGGUUGUGUUUGGUGAAAGAUUUGACUAUGAAGACCAAAAAUACUUGACUCUUUUGUCAUAUGUUCAUGAUCUUCUCCAGUUGUUCAACAGUCGUCCAGGGCAGCUUUUUAACAUGUUCCCGACCAUGAUGGCCUACAUUCCUGGUCCUCACCAAGGGAUCUUCAAAAUUAUAGACAACCUGAAACAAUUUAUUAAGGAUGCAAUGAAAAGCCACCGAGCCACCCUAGAUGAGAACUGCCCUCGAGACUUCAUAGACUGCUUCCUCAUGAAGAUGGAAGAGGAAAAAAGGAAUCCAGCCACAGAAUUUCAUGAAGAGAACUUACAGGCAACAAUAUUAGACCUAUUCUUUGCUGGAACUGAGACUUCAAGUUUGACACUGAGAUACAGUUUUCUUAUACUCAUGAAAUAUCCUGAAAUUCAAGAGAAGAUCUACAAAGAGAUUGACAAUGUAAUCGGCAAAGAACGUAGUCCAUCAAUAGAAGAUAAGAGUAAAAUGCCAUAUACAGAAGCUGUAAUCCAUGAGAUCCAGAGAUUUGCUGAUAUUGUUCCCUUAGGAGUACCCCAUGCUGCCAGCAAAGACACAAGCUUCAGAGGAUAUCAAAUUCCAAAGGGAACCUUGGUGUUUCCAGUCCUCACUUCUGUUUUGAAAGACUCAAAGCAAUUCAAGAAUCCAGAUGAAUUUGAUCCUGGACAUUUUCUUAAUGAGAAUGGUUGCUUUAAGAAAAGUGAUGCAUUCAUGCCGUUCUCUACAGGUAAACGCACGUGUAUGGGAGAAGGCCUGGCUCGCAUGGAGCUCUUCCUCUUUCUAACCACCAUACUGCAAAAGUUUACUUUGGAGCCCACUGUAGAUAGAAAGAAUUUGAGCAUAAGACCAGAGCCCAACACCAAUGCUUCAAGACCUCAUUCAUACCAGAUGAGGGUUGUCCCUCGCUUCUGAGUUCAGGACAAACUUCUUACAUAAAAGAAGCCUAGAAGUUCUAGAAUUUUCCAACUAAGAAGACGGCUUUAAUGCAUGAAAGAUAUCAAGUAAAAAAAAAAAAAUCCACAAAAUAUCAUAUAUCAUUAUUUUUAUAUUGAUCAUGUCUGGAUUAACAUAAACAAUAUCAUAUAAUUUUCAUUUUCUGUAAUAAUUCCGUGUUAAUAAAAACUUUGGACUGUA